UCUCCUUGUAGACGGUGGGCAAAGGAAGCGUCGGGUUCGGAAUCUUGGGGUGUUUGGUCUACGGAUUGCUAAUUACCUUUUCCUCAUCUUCGUCGGGCGGUCGACUUCGUUGUAAAGAUUUGGUUCCGGUGGGUUCGCAUGGUUGGUGUUCUUUCGUGAUCGCAACUGUUCUGUAGCCAUUUUGGUCCGUCGAUUCAAGUCCGGUUUUGUAACGGGGGCUGUGAGGGGAAUUGAGAUGGCAGUUCUGAAGGGGGCAACAAUCUGCUGCCCUGAUAUUCAUGCAAAUUACUCUGGAAUUCCGACUCCUCUUAUUUCUAAUAAUAUUACAAAGGCAAUAUGUCUUCAAAGUGGAAUCUGGGGAUACAAACCUAGAUGCAAAAGCAUAGUUCAGGUUGGUGGCUUGUAUGUGCAACCUUGUAGCAAGAGACAUUGGCGUGUUCACUGUAGUUUCAGCUCUUCUUCUGAUGAUAAUGGAAGCAUGGCUGGCAAUUUCAGUGCAAACGAUGAGGAGUAUGUAAAUUCCAGUGUGAUGGAAGCGGUUGAGGUCAGAAGUGGAUCGGAUGGUUUCAUAAUAAAGAUGCGUGAUGGUAAACAUUUAAGAUGUGUGCAUAAUAAUCCUCAAGGUGGAAAUUUACCAGACUAUGCUCCUCACCCUGCUAUUGUCUUGAAGAUGGAAGAUGGAAGUGAUCUUCUGCUUCCUAUUAUUGUUUUGGAGAUGCCAAGUGUAUUGCUAAUGGCUGCAAUUCGCAAUGUCCAAAUUGCUAGGCCAACCGUUUAUCAAGUAAUCAAAGAGAUGAUUGAAAAGAUGGGAUAUGUGGUUCAACUUGUUAGGGUCACCAAGAGGGUAAAUGAGGCUUACUUUGCUCAGCUGUACCUUGCAAAGGUAGGGAAUGAAAAAGAGACUAUUAGCUUUGAUCUCCGACCUUCGGAUGCCAUAAAUAUGGCUGUUCGGUGCAAGGUUCCCAUACAAGUCAACAGAAAUCUUGCAUAUAGUGAUGGGAUGAGAGUGGUCGAGCCAAGCAAGUUGACAGUGCAGGUUCCUCGAUCAGAUGGACUGCUGUUCACAGAACUUGAUAGGCCUGAUGGUCAGCCAUGCUUGGAGACCAAAGAGUUCAGUUUGAUCCUAAACAUGCUGACUGCUGUUGUUGAGGAACGGUACACAGAUGCUGCUCAAUGGAGGGACCAGCUUCAUCAGCUCCGAUCCAAGAAACAGAACUGGGCAUAACAGCAGUUGAUUGGGAUGAUGUACAUAAUAAACCUGCUUGAACAUGCCUGACACGCGACUUUAUAGAUGAAGUAUACAUGUACGUAUGUCGUAAAUAACUGCGAAUCUUGUGAAUACCUAUAAAAUAUGUUCUUCUUAAUUUCACAGUGGCAGCAUUUGCUCGUACAUUUGUUUAUAUAUAUAUAUAUGGCAAUGAACUUUAUUUAGUGUACUGAAA